AUGCAGCUCAACUGCAAAUACGAAAAUAUAUUUUCGUUGGAAACACGAGAAAGCCUUAAAACUUGUGAGAACUACAGUGAGAGGUUCUUUAAGGGCUACAUUGAAGAGUUCAAGACUUACCUCCCAGGUUUCUGGCCAAAGUUGGAGGAAGCUAUGAAGCAAAACAGACGUAUUUACCACUUGUUGAUUUAUUUUUGGUUGGUGUUGGAGCAAACACCCAGGGAUUUUUAUUGGGAAAAGAGAUCACAGCAGCUAGCUACAAAGGAUGAAAUGGGUCUUUGGGAAGAAGCCUUGACGGCUUUGGGUAACAAUGAUCUGGAAUGGUUUUCGCUUGUGGCGCUUUACAUUCGCCGGGAAUUCGGGAGAGAGCCAAGUGCUCCAAGAGGGUAG